CUCAGUACUCAAUUCCUUCUCUCUCUACACCGUCCCGUGAAGCUCUUAUUCCACAACAUUCUCAGCAUUGUGUCUAUAUCGCAGCCACCAGAACAUUCCAUGAAUCAUCUAAGCCCUUCACGUCGUGA